GCCUCCUGAAUACAUGAUGAAGUGAGUAGUCAGGCUGGGCUCYGCCGCUGCUGCUGGGAGUGAGUGAGUGUGUGAGUCUGUGCAUUGAGGCAUCUCUGCACUGCAGCCUCCUCCUACAUCCAGCCAGAGAGAAAGAGAAAGGCACGGAAGGAAGGCGGCUUGUUGCAGUGCGAGGCASUGGCCCUGCGAAGAAGCAAAUUCCUUGCAGCCACCCGAGGAAGGAGCGAAGCAGCCUCUGAACAGGGAGGCAGGCAGCAGGCGCCAUGCUGAAUAACCUGACGGACUGCGAGGAUGGUGAUGGGGGUGCAAAUCAAGGCGAUGGCAACCCCAAGGAGAGCAGCCCCUUCAUCAACAGCACGGACAUGGAGAAGGGCAAGGAGUACGACGGCAAGAACAUGGCCCUCUUUGAGGAGGAGAUGGACACCAGCCCCAUGGUGUCGUCCCUGCUCAGUGGGCUGGCCAACUACACCAACCUGCCGCAGGGCAGCCGCGAGCACGAGGAGGCCGAGAACAAYGACGGCGGCAAGAAGAAGCCAGUGCAGGCGCCGCGGAUGGGCACCUUCAUGGGCGUCUACCUGCCCUGCCUGCAGAACAUCUUCGGGGUGAUCCUCUUCCUGCGCCUCACCUGGGUGGUGGGCAUUGCUGGCAUCAUGGAGUCCUUCUGCAUGGUCUUCCUCUGCUGCUCCUGCACCAUGCUGACGGCCAUCUCCAUGAGCGCCAUCGCCACCAACGGCGUGGUGCCAGCUGGCGGCUCCUACUACAUGAUCUCGCGCUCGCUGGGGCCGGAGUUUGGCGGGGCCGUGGGGCUCUGCUUCUACCUGGGCACCACCUUUGCCGGCGCCAUGUACAUCCUGGGCACCAUUGAGAUCCUGCUGGCCUACAUCUUCCCAGCCAUGGCCAUCUUCAAGGCGGAGGAUGCCAGCGGCGAGGCGGCGGCGAUGCUCAACAACAUGCGCGUGUAUGGCACCUGUGUGCUCACCUGCAUGGCCACCGUGGUGUUCGUGGGGGUCAAGUACGUCAACAAGUUCGCCCUGGUCUUCCUGGGCUGCGUCAUCCUCUCCAUCCUGGCCAUCUACGCCGGUGUCAUCAAGUCGGCCUUCGACCCGCCGAGCUUCCCGAUCUGCCUGCUGGGCAACAGGACCCUGUCGCGCCACGGCUUCGACCUCUGCACCAAGCUUGUGGUGGAGGGCAAUGAGACGGUGGGCUCCAAGCUCUGGGAGCUCUUCUGCACCUCCCGCUUCCUCAACGCCACCUGCGACGAGUACUUCAGCAUGAACAACGUCACGGAGAUCGAGGGCAUCCCCGGUGCUGCCAGCGGCCUCAUACAAGAGAACCUGUGGAGCUCCUACCUGACCAAGGGCGUCAUCGUGGAGAAGCGGGGGCUGCCCUCCGUGAGCCCCCCCGACACCCCCGUGGACAUGGACCAGCCCUACGUCUUCAGCGACAUGACCUCCUACUUCACGCUGCUCGUGGGCAUCUACUUCCCGUCGGUGACGGGGAUCAUGGCUGGCUCCAACCGCUCAGGAGACCUGCGGGACGCGCAGAARUCCAUCCCCACCGGCACCAUCCUGGCCAUCGCCACCACCUCGGCUGUCUACAUCAGCUCCGUGGUGCUCUUCGGGGCCUGCAUUGAGGGCGUCGUCCUGCGGGACAAGUUCGGCGAGGCCGUCAAUGGGAACCUGGUGGUGGGCACGCUGGCGUGGCCGUCCCCGUGGGUCAUCGUCAUCGGCUCCUUCUUCUCCACGUGCGGUGCGGGGCUGCAGAGCCUCACCGGAGCCCCCCGCCUGCUGCAGGCCAUCUCCCGGGACGGCAUCGUGCCCUUCCUGCGGGUCUUCGGCCACGGCAAAGCYAACGGGGAGCCCACAUGGGCGCUGCUGCUCACCGCCUGCAUCUGUGAGAUUGGGAUCCUGAUCGCGUCCCUGGACGAGGUGGCUCCUAUCCUGUCCAUGUUCUUCCUCAUGUGCUACAUGUUCGUGAACCUGGCGUGCGCGGUGCAGACGCUGCUGCGCACGCCCAACUGGCGGCCCCGCUUCCGCUACUACCACUGGACCCUCUCCUUCCUGGGCAUGAGCCUCUGCCUGGCGCUCAUGUUCAUCUGCUCCUGGUACUACGCGCUCGUGGCCAUGCUCAUUGCCGGCCUCAUCUACAAGUACAUCGAGUACCGUGGGGCGGAGAAGGAGUGGGGCGAUGGGAUCCGGGGCCUCUCACUGAGCGCUGCCCGCUACGCGCUGCUGCGCCUGGAGGAGGGUCCCCCGCACACCAAGAACUGGAGGCCGCAGCUGCUGGUGCUGGUGCGCCCGGACCAGGAGCAGAACGUGGUGCACCCGCAGCUCCUGUCCUUCACCUCGCAGCUCAAGGCCGGCAAAGGCCUCACCAUUGUGGCCUCCGUGCUGGAAGGGACCUUCCUGGACAACCACCCGCAGGCGCAGCGGGCCGAGGAGUCCAUCCGCCGGCUGAUGGAAGCAGAGAAGGUGAAGGGCUUCUGCCAGGUGGUGAUCUCCUCCAACCUGCGCGAUGGCAUGUCCCACCUCAUCCAGUCCAGCGGGCUGGGCGGGCUGCAGCACAACACGGUGCUGGUGGGCUGGCCCCGCAGCUGGCGCCAGAAGGAGGACCACCAGACCUGGAGGAACUUCAUCGAGCUGGUGCGGGAGACCACGGCCGGGCACCUGGCCCUGCUGGUGGCCAAGAACGUCGCCAUGUUCCCGGGCAACCAGGAGCGCUUCUCCGAGGGCCACAUUGACGUCUGGUGGAUCGUGCAUGACGGCGGGAUGCUCAUGCUGCUGCCCUUCCUCCUGCGGCACCACAAGGUCUGGCGCAAGUGCAAGAUGCGCAUCUUCACAGUGGCACAGAUGGACGACAACAGCAUCCAGAUGAAGAAGGACCUGACAACCUUCCUGUACCACCUGCGCAUCACCGCAGAGGUGGAGGUGGUGGAGAUGCACGAGAGCGACAUCUCCGCCUACACCUAYGAGAAGACCCUGGUGAUGGAGCAGCGCUCCCAGAUCCUCAAGCAAAUGCACCUCACCAAGAACGAGCGGGAGCGGGAGAUCCAGAGCAUCACGGACGAGUCUCGGGGCUCCAUCCGGCGCAAGAACCCGGCCAACACGCGCCUGCGCCUCAGCGUCCCCGAGGAGCAGGCAGGCGAUGGCGAGGAGAAGCCGGAGGAGGAGGUCCAGCUCAUCCACGACAAAAACGCCACCACCUUCUCCAGCAGCUCCCAGUCCCCAGGCGACGAGGUGGAGACAGCCCCGGAGAAGGUGCAUCUCACCUGGACCAAGGAGAAGACUGUCGCUGAGAAGAACAAGAGCAAGAGCCCCGUCAGCCCCGAGGGCAUCAAGGACUUCUUCAACAUGAAGCCAGAGUGGGAGAACCUGAACCAGUCCAACGUGCGGAGGAUGCACACGGCUGUGAAGCUCAACGAGGUGAUCGUGAAGAAGUCCCAGGACGCCAAGCUGGUCCUGCUCAACAUGCCAGGGCCACCCCGCAACCGCAAAGGCGAUGAGAACUACAUGGAGUUCCUGGAGGUGCUCACGGAGCACCUGGACCGCGUGCUGCUGGUGCGCGGCGGCGGCCGGGAGGUCAUCACCAUCUACUCGUGAGCCCGGCGGCCCCGCGCGCCCGGCCUGCC